CGCCUUCCCUGGUUCCCCCAGCCGGACCCCAGGGCGCCCAGCUCCAACGGCAGCUGCUACCACUUCCCUCUGCUGGUCAGCAGCAGCGUCUCCCGCGUGGACCUGUUCAACGGUCUGUUGGGGCCGACGCAGGUCACCGCGCUGCACGUGACGAGCCUGGACAACAUCACCGUGGCCCACAUGGGCACGAGCGAUGGGCGGGUCCUGCAGGUGGAGCUGGCCCGGUCUCUCGGCUUCUUGCUGUAUGUCUCCAACUUCUCGCUGAGCAGCAGCCGGCAGCCCGUGCAGCGGGAUGUCAGUCGCCUUGGGAACCACCUGCUCUUUGCCUCUGGGGACAAGGUCUUCCAGGUGCCCAUCAGAGGCCCCGGCUGCCGCCACUUCCUCACCUGCGGGCGCUGUCUGCGGGCACAGCGUUUCAUGGGCUGUGGCUGGUGUGGGAGCGUGUGUGGCCGGCAGAAGGAGUGUCCUGGCUCCUGGCAACAGGACCACUGCCCGCCUGAGCUUAUUGAGUUCUAUCCUCACAGCGGACCCCUCCGGGGCAGCACCAGGCUGACCCUGUGUGGCUCCAACUUCUACCUGCACCCUGGCGGUCUGGUGCCUGAGGGCACCCACCAGGUCACCGUGGGCCAAAGUCCCUGCCGACUGCUGCCCAAGGACAGCUCAGGCCCCAGCCCCAUGUCCUGGAAGGGCUUCAUAGAGGAGCUUGCGUGUGAGCUGCAGCCCCCGGGCACGCAGGCAGCUGGGCCUGCCAACGUGAGCCUCACCGUGACCAACAUGCCGCGGGGCAAGCACUUCCGGGUCGAUGGUGCCUCCGCGCUGCCCGGCUUCUCUUUCAUGGAGCCGGUGCUGAAGGAAGUGCACCCCCUCUUUGGCCCGCAGGCCGGGGGCACCCGCCUCACCCUGACGGGCCAGGGCCUGUCCAUAGGCACCAGCCGGGCCGUGCUGGUCAACGGGAGUGAGUGCCUGCUGGACGGGGUCAGCGAGGGGCAGCUUGUAUGCACCACGCCGCCUGGUGCCCCGCCAGCNNGCGUUCCCGUUCGCCUGCAGGUGGGGGGCGCCCCGGUGCCGGGCGCCUGGACCUUCCACUACCGGGAAAACCCCGUCGUGCUGGGCAUCAGCCCCAGCUGCGGCUACACUGGCUCCCACGUCACCAUCCGUGGCCGGCAUCUGACCGCAGUGUGGCGCCUGGCGCUGUCAUUCCACGACGGGCUUACGGCCGUGGAAAACCCGUGUGCGGGGCAGCUCCCGGAGAAGCAGUGGUGCCGCCUGCCUGAAUACGUGGUCCGAGGCCCCCAGGGGUGGGUGACGGGGAACCUGAGUGCCCGGGGGGAUGGAGCUGCUGGCUUCACACUGCCUGGCUUUCGCUUCCUGCCCCCGCCCCACCCACCCAGCACUGACCUGGCCCCACUGAAGCCGGAGGAGCAUGCCCUUAAGUUCGAGUACAUUGGCCUUGGCGCCGUGGCUGACUGUGUGGACGUGAACGUCACCGUGGGUGGCCAGAGCUGCCAGCACGAGCUCCGGGGUGAUGUGGUCAUUGCCCCCUACGUGGCUGGGGUCUGCGGGCUGGGUCUGAACUGCCACCUCCCCCAGGUCUGCGUGGACGGCGAAUGUCAGGUCCUGGGCAGAGUGGUGCGGCCAGGCCCAGGGGGUCCCCUCCAGAGGACGCUCCUGGGUGUCCUGCUGGCCCUGGUCCUGCUCGUGGCUCUCCUGGCCAUUGCGCUGGUCGUCAACUACCAGAGGAGGAAGCAGCUGGCUUUCUCUCCGAACCUGGACGACCUGGCAUCUCUGGACCACAGCCCCGGAGGCCUGCCUCUGUCUCUGUUCCGGGCAGGCUCUGACUACAGACAUGGCCCUGCCUCUCCCGCCGGGGACGGUCUGGAUGCCACCUGUCGGGGCCACAGAGCGUCCUUCUCAGACAGCGGGGACGGGUCCCGUGUCCCGCUGCUUCGGGCAAAGUCCAUCCAGCUGGGGGAUCUGGACCCUGUGCUCCUGGCCGAGGUCAAGGAUGUGCUGAUUCCCCAUGAGCGCGUCGUCACCCACAGUGACCGAGUCAUCGGCAAAGGCCACUUCGGGGUUGUCUACCACGGAGAGUACAUAGACGAGGCCCAGAAUCGAAUUCACUGUGCCAUCAAGUCAUUGCGCUCCUGCUGCCCUGGGUCGGGAGGUGGGGCAGCAGCGGGGAGGGAGCCGUCCUGCCCUCGCCUCCUGACCCGCCUGUCCCCCCAGAACCCCACGGUGAAGGACCUCGUCAGCUUCGGCCUGCAGGUGGCCCGCGGCAUGGAGUACUUGGCAGAGCGGAAGUUUGUGCAUAGGGACCUGGCUGCUCGGAACUGCAUGCUGGAUGAGUCUUUCACGGUCAAGGUGGCCGACUUCGGCCUGGCCCGCGGCGUCCUGGACAAGGAAUACUACAGCGUGCAGCAGCACCGCCACGCCCGCCUGCCGGUCAAGUGGAUGGCGCUGGAGAGCCUGCAGACCUACCGGUUCACCAGCAAGUCAGACGUGUGGUCAUUUGGUGUGCUGCUAUGGGAGCUGCUGACACGGGGUGCCCCACCGUACCCCCACAUCGACCCUUUUGACCUCACUCACUUCCUGGCCCAGGGUCGCCGCCUGCCCCAGCCUGAGUAUUGCCCGGAUGCUCUGUACACAGUGAUGCAGCGCUGCUGGGCAGCGGACCCCGCGGCGCGCCCCACCUUUGGGACGCUGGUGGGAGAAGUGGAGCAGGUGGCCGCGGCCCUGCACGGGGACCACUACGUGCAGCUGACCGUGGCCUACGUGAACCUGGGCCUCGCCGCCUCCAACGAGCCCAUGUCCCCGGAACUGCCGCUGUCCCCACGUGUGCACGGGAGCACCAGCCGGCCUCGGCCCCUCUCAGAGCCACCGAGGCCCACGUGACCUCGGCCCCAAGCAGGCCCCGAGCGCCUGGACCUGCAUCACCUCGCCGGGGAGUUAACCCCAGGCCGCGCCAAGGGGGUGGCCCCAGCUGCCCACUGCUCUGUUCCUGACCCUUAACCUUCAGGCUCUAGCAGGGGACAAGGCACACGGGCCCCUCAUGCCACAGAGGGAGCCAUUGCGGGUGAUCCUUGAGCACUUACGGAGCGCCUGCUGCGUGCCUGGCCUCUGGGCGCAGGGGACUCAACUGUGACACUGGCCCAUGAAGCAGUCAAUGAAUGACUUUAAGCAUAAA